GACACCAGAAAAACAAACACGAUGGUCAGAAAUCUAUUUCAGAAAGGCAACUGCAGGGGACAACACAAAACAACAAACAGAAGACCUCAAAGAAAACUAUGAGUACGGUGUGUGCGGACUGGGUGGCUGUAAGCCUCAAUGGAGUCAACGUCUGGCCAAUCUCAACGUGUUUGUCGUAACUUACGGAGUUGCCGGAAUCUGGAUGAUUACUCUCUCCAGUUUUCUGGGAUCUCAGGUCACGUCAAUAGAGCGCCAUCUUGGUAUUUCCAGCAGCAAAACAGGGUUUAUAUUGAGCAGUAAUGAGAUCGGCUACUUGGUGUUCGUGAUUCUCGGAAGCCAUCUGGGCAAGUACACCCACAUCCCCGUGUUCCUGUCAGUCUCAGGCCUUCUCUUUGGUCUGGCCACCCUCGCCAUGGCGCUCGGGAGACUGGAGACACCCAGGGUAUGGCAGGACACUUCAGCUCCUGGUCUACAGACGACCACUAGUGACCUCCAGGACAAUUCUGCGAAGUACCUCUGUGAUUCUAGCUUCCCAACAUGGACAAACUCAGUCUUAGCUUCUACAAACUCUUCCUCAUUUGUCCCGGCUUUAUCUGGAGAUUCGAGCUCGUCCCGUUCAGUUUCGUGGGUAUUUUAUUUGCUGGUGUUCUGCUCAAUGAUUGGCGGCGCUGUGAAGUCUUACAGAAUCCCGCUGCUGACAUAUUACAUCGAGAGUAACAUUGUCAACAAAAAUCGUUCGGCUCUGUUGCUAGGCGCCUCAUUUACCGCCAUGCUGUUAGGACCCCCAGUUGCUCUAUUUCUGGGUAGUUUCUCCAGUUCUCUCCCUGUAGACCUGAAAGAAACCAACAUGUCCAAACACGACCAGAGAUGGGUCGGUGCCUGGUGGCUCGGUUUUUCUAUCAUCGGACUGGCCUGUAUCGUCUGCUCCGUGCCAAUCAUGUUCUUUCCCAGACACAUGCGCAAGUUAAAAACUCGGAACCUUCCGGAAACGACAGAGACCACAUCUCUGCGGGUGAUGCUAACUGACUUACCUAAGUCAUUAGGACGAUGUUUUCGUCAGCCUAUCUUCGUGCUGUCUUUAAUUUUUGCCUGCAUCGAAGGAUUUGCUUUCUCUGGCUCGUUUGCCUUCGGUCAGAAAUAUAUGGAGACUCAGUUCAACAAAACGUCGCAAGAGAUUAGUACUAUCACAGGAGUGCUGAGUCUGUUCACCAUAGUCCUGGGAACUUUCUUUGGUGGGUUCAUCACCACGAGACUCAAGUUAGGCCUGCGAGGUUGUGCUGUGAUCACACUAGCAAUGGCCGCCAUUACAGUCCUUCUGGACAGUUUGAACUUUCUCUUUGGCUGCAAGAACUCGGAUAUUGUAGGGGCAGAUGGCAACAGAACUCUGUCUAUGGACGCCUGCGACUGCAGCCAGGAUGUGUUUAUCGUGUGCGGAGACAACCAGGUCAACUACCUGUCUCCCUGUCUGGCAGGUUGCAGAAAUGCUACAACUGACAUGAUAUUCACAAAUUGUACAAGCGUCAACGAUGGCCAGGCAAGACCAGGGGUGUGUGACCUCAACUGUCCUUACUUUAUUCCCUACCUGGUUGUUUACUCCGUGUCCUUUUUUCUGGGAACGGUGCCCAUCAUACCUGGAUUUAUGCUGAGUGUCAGAUCGGUAGAACAGCGGGAUCAGUCUCUGUCCUCUGGAACAUGUUCCUUCUGUCAAACUUUGAUAGGUAUUCUCCCGUCCCCGAUAUUUUUCGGCAAGAUCAUAGACAUGUCCUGCUCCGUGUGGAGCCCGGGCGGCAACUGCAUGCUGUACGACAGGGAACGCUUCCGGCACUUCUACUAUGGCAUCUAUGUGGGUCUACGGUUUGCCAGUUUGGGCGUGAUGGCAGCCGUGCUCUGGCUUGCACACAAAGAUUCACGGAGAGAAAGUUACAAACUGGCAAACAAGACUCCGGAUGAUUAA